CGAAAGUUUUAACUUGAAAGCUCUUGACCUAUUUGAAGUUCUAUGCAGACAGUCCACAAAACCACUGGGCUAUCAGAAUGUGCAUUAAAGAGAUUGCAAAUGGCAGGUGAUACUUUGGCCAACUUGUCAAUUAUAAGAUAACUUCAGUCUACCAAAAACCUACAUUUUCCAAGAAUGACAGAAUACAUCUUUUAUGUUGUUUUUCAACUUAAGUGCCCAGUUCCGAAAAUGCAAGAACAAUCUCUGAUAGGUUCUUGUUUUCCAACUUAGUUCAUUUUCCGAGAAUACAAGAAGGCACUCCCAGUGAUUCUCAAUCUUUUGUUUUGUCAAGUAACUUUUUUAUUUUGGUACCCUUGUAUGUACUUUAUAUUGCACUUUAGUCGAAUUUAUUUAUUGUGAUAUGAACUAAAUCAUACGAAAUCUCUUGACUUGAUUCGUGUGUCUACGAAUGAUAAAAUGUCUUGCAAGCACAGGUUGAGAACCACUAAAACAUGCCAACUCUCGAGCUCCAUCUGAGUAGCAACAGUACAGAAAACAUUGUCUUUCUAAAGACUGCUUCUUACAUGUGUCUGUGUUUGAUCUUGUCAUAGAAGUUAAAGAACAUGAUUAUCUUCAGUCAGUAUAAGAUACACACACGCACACCAAACACACACCACACACAUACAUACAUACACAUACACACCACACACACACACACAAACACAUAUGAUUGUGAAAAGGUGUCAAAAUGAGCCACUCUCACCCUGCACUUCAGAUAAAAAAUAAAAAAAAAGUGUCACCUUGUUGGUCGGCUCAAGAUUUGUUCAGCUUUGCAAUGUCGGUCUUACUAUAUGUCUUAUCAUUACACAUAGUGAGCAUCUGAGAUUUCACUAGAUAAACUGAAUCCUAUAAGGAGUAUGAACUUCACUAACCAGUCGUAUAUUUUUGAAAGGUACAGGCCUAUAACUUCUAUGUUUGAAGAGUUUUCCCCUGUCGGUGUAAUGGCGGAAAAGAUUUUGCCACCAGUUUGGUACAUCGCUGGCUUCAUUGGCAACCCAAUCUCGGCCUUUAUCUGGCUAGGGCAGCGCAUGCGUAGGAACAACUCGUCUGCCGUGUAUCUCGGCUUCCUGUCGUUGACGGAUAUGAUAUUCCUGAUUCUCAACCUCAUGUAUCUAUUGCACACCACUUGGGGCUACAAGGUAUACAACGAUCACGUGUCCUGUGAGAUAUUUCUGCUGGCCUACUACGUACCCCAGUAUCUGUCCACGUUUUUAGUUAUGGGCUUCACCGUGGAGCGAUACGUAGCAGUGUGCCAUCCUUUCAUGAAGGAGAAAUGGUGUACCGUUAGGAAAGCUCUGAUCAUCAUCCUGUUUCUCUCCACCUUCUCAUUCCUUCUGGCCUCGGCACACAGUUACCUCUGGGCCUACCACACUGACAUGGACGUAUGCUCCCACCGUCAAAACGUCGAUUCUGACUUCAUUACUUGGUGGAUUCUAAUCACGGACGUGGCCGUAUUCGUGCUGGUUCCGGUCAUCGUGCUGAUCUUCAAUGUCAUGGUCAUCAGGGAAAUCAGUAAAAUUUCCAAGAACAACGUUGUCCACCGACAGCAGAACCGCAGAGGAAAUGGGGUCACUUCGACGGUAACGCUUCUGGCAGUUUCGUUCUAUUUGAUUCUAACUCAGAUCAGCGCUACCGUGGUGGGUCUUUUGCAUCAAGCCUUUCCAUUCGGAGAUCCAUUCAUGUCUGAUGAAGACAUUCGCAAGGAUCAGACAUGGUCCAGAUUCUUCACCUUCCAGGAUGUUAGAAAAGUUGUGGAGGUCAUCUGCCUCUCCCAUUACGCCAUCUAUUUUUUCAUUUACUGCGCCACGGGGAAACACUUUCAGAAAGAGGUCCUUUAUUUACUGACGUUGCAAGGGAGGCUGCCCUUUCUCGCCACCAUGCUGUCCACAAAACGCAGAAAAGAACAUUACACUAUGGUCUCAACCAAUGGAUGCGCAGUGUCCGAGAUGUACACGACCAAUAUGUCUACCACUAUAUGAGCCCAUCCUGCAGUUUGACCAAGAAGCAGACACCAGCAGCAUAUUGCCCUUAAGGGGCAAUGGCGACGUUACUGUACGCAAGCUGGAGAGUGGGCGCAACCAAAUCAUGGCUCAAGCCGAAUGCAUUGCCAUUCGAGUGACCACAGUGUGAGCAAAACUUGCUAGACAUCCCCCCACACGAGCAUCGAGGCAUGCAGGUAGAGUCACUCACGGGAGACAAUGGAAGCUCACAUCAAUCUCUCAACCUAAUCAUAUCAAUCGUCAGAUGUACACGUAUGAUGUAUCAAAGAUGGAGUCACUAAUGUGAUCUACUUUACUUCGUAUGGAUCUAUCAAUCUAUAGAGCUAUGUAAUAACACUGUAGCCGAAUGUUGAAUGUAUAUAUUAUUUAUUUAGUUAUAUUUUCAUGUAAUGGAAUUUGUAUAUUUUUAAACAUAUACUGUGAUAACUUUGAGAUUACCGUUACUACAUUCAAAAUUGUAGAUCAAUUUGUAAAUAGUCUGACCAAGAAAAACCCUAAUUAUAUUGAACACAUCAUCAUUUUUGUUGGCAGCCAAACUUCUGGCAGAAGUAAAACAAUUUUUCUAUCGUCUGGCGUCAGCUCAAUACAGAAAUUUUAAUGUUCUGUUUAUUCAAUAGUCUACUUAAAAUAGUGUGAAUCUAUUGAUCUUUCAAUAUUUAUAAUGUUCACUCAACAGAAUUAACAGUUUCUUGUGUCCACUCAAUAGAGUCCUACUAUUGGUACUGUCCACUCGAUUGCACACAAGUUUUUAUAUUUCGUAAUCUCCUAUCUCAAAGGGACUGGAACUAGAUAUAGCAGUCCUCAAACACAACUACAAUUCGUGAAAGAAUAUGUCUAGUCUCACUAACAGUCUAGUCUCACUAACAGCAGACGUCUAUUUCAGUGUUUCCCAAACUGUGUUCCCCGAGACCCUAUUUAUUUCCACAAUAGUUUCCUGUGAUAUGAAACUGUCAACCUGAAAGCUGUAACAUCUUUACACAGCUGAAUCGUUGUGUUCAUUCAGAUGUCUGUUAUUUGAAAUGGACUUGAUAUUUUUAUAUAACGUUUCGCAUUAAAUGGAAUACAUUGCCUAUCAUUUUAUUAUUUGUAUCGGUGUUUAGAACCAACUUUUUAUUUCGUCCCAUUACAGUUUUAAAAUAUACAUUCUCAAAGGAGGCCAGAACGUAACAAAAGGGCCACACAAUUGAGAGGGUAGGGCUAAAGAUGUUUUAGCGCGUAUCUUUUAAUUUAAACAAGGUUACAAAGACAGUUUGAAGUUUGUGUAGUAACACAAACUCAAAAUUGGCCCCCGAAGUGGUCCACCCAGGCAGGUAAAAAGGCAGGUUUCAAUAUUUUCAGAAAGAACAUCAUAAUGAAAUUCUAUCAAAGACAAAUGACAGAGAAGAAUGGAGAAAGAAGGUUGACAGAUCUUGUGUGGUGCCCCAGCGGUCCAGCAGACCAAAGGAUAGGUGAAAGUAAAUGUGAAGUUAGAUGUGAACCUGGCCUAACUGAUGUCUUAUAGCCUAAUGAAUAUCUAAUUGAUCUAAUUGUUUUGUAAAGGGUCAAUCUCUUAUUCAUCAAGAAAAGGACAUUGCCGUAAAAAAAUAAAAACUCCCUGCUCUGUUCUGUGCAUCUGCAGUUCACGCGAUAAUAUGAAAAAAAAACUACUUAUUAAUUGUUGUUUUAAAUUAUGUCCAACUUAUAUGCAUACUAAAAAUAUUUUUUCUAUUUAAAAAAAAAGUAAACAUUUUUGUGUGUAAAUGUAUUAGUAUAACAGAACUUAUAUAACUUAGCAAUGCAAAUGUAUUUUUUUUUUUACAAAAAAAUCUAAAACCGUUUGCAUAAAUGAGUUGAAAACAUGGUAAAUAGCCAGCUCCGCUACUAAAGAGCCUUCCGUGUUUGUUACUAUUAAUAGUGAAUAGUUGUAAAAGUGGUGUAUUUUUAUGCAUAAGGGAUUUAAAAAAUUAGAUUUUUCGUUUUUUAGAAAAGAAAAAAGUAGCCGUUGCAUCAGAACGUUGAAUGGUCUAAAAUAUUAUGAUGUCGGAUUUUCACAAUCUUUUCUAGUUUACAAGAUCUAAACGGGACGGACAGACGGACGGACGGAGCGAGAUUCGUCACAAAAUAAAAGCGUCUUUUCCCCUUUCGGGUGGCGCUAAAAAUCCAAACAUACGAGAAACAAGCAAAGUGACUUAAUAUAGGUGUUGUUAAAAAAAAGAAGGUUUGAUAGAAUCGGAAUUCGAAUUCGAGCCUCCAUUAUGGGAGACCAACUUGCUUUGCCACAGAGCUAUUCAAGUGUAUGUAGGCUAUAUAUAAAAAUAUAAGUUUUUUUCUCCAAUGUUAGUUUCAAAUUUAUUUAUUUUUUAUCUACAGUAGCUUUCUGUUGUUAAUUUAGUAAAUUUUCUAUAGAAUACAAUAAUUGUGCAAAGUUUCAAAUUGAUCAGAGACUGGGAAGUGGGUGAAAAAAAGUGUAAAAUAUUUUGACCAGACGAACAGACAGACGGAGUGAGUUAAUAUAAGCGGGAUCAUAAACAAGUUGAGAUAGAACGCGGGACCAAGUAGCGGGUUGACAGUUUAGUUCUGGUCAUUAUAGGGAGAAUUGACGUAUUACAUAGACUACGUUUGAGUCACACAACAUUAAUAACAUUCUUACAGUUUAGUGACACCAGUCUACAGACUCAAAUUACGCACUUCCUUACAUUUGACGAAACAAUUCUAUUACAGAAAUAUUGUUUCAAUAAAAAAGUUUCGUGAUGAAA